UUUUCCAAAACAAAUGUCAUAGUCACAAUGCGAGAAAAUAAGUGCUAAAGAUCGGUUCGUUUUCUCAUAAGAUCAUAAGAUGGAAAAUCCUCUAACCAAAAGUGAGGAGAAGAAGUUCGGGUACCCCAAAGUACGAGAUUCGGACGUUAAAACUGAAAAACCCAAAGUCGAAGUUAGGCGCUUGCAGUACGACCCUAACCCUAAGGUCGGGGACUGGAAAAAGACGUGCUCGCCCAGCUGUUGCCUCUCGUUAUCGGGCGAAGAACGCCUGGGCGGCGUUGCCGGGUUGUGCCCUGGCGCACUUUCCGCAAGUUUAUCGAACAGCUGGUAGGAUUACGUAAUUUGCGAUAAUAUCCAACAAAUGUGCUUUGUUGUCCCGAUUAGGGAAAAAAAUCAGUGAUAAGUGGUACAGGGACUUGGAAAUAGGCACCAAGUGGGGUCGCUGAUGUGGCAAUGCCAUCUAGAUGUUCACACCUUUAAUAAAUUUUUUUGGUAAAGUUGUCUUUUUCGCCUAUUUUUUCUGUGAUGUCCGAAAAGGGGUGAUCAGGUAAUAAUCCGUUUUGACCUGAUAAGAUGCGGUGCCGAAUUUCUAGGACUCGAACACGUAAAGAGAGGGUGCCCGGUAUUUGGGGAUUCAAUAGUGCCCAAUUUAUGCACGCCUGUUAUCAUAACUCGCCUGUUUUGGUGAUAAUAUUGUCCGAUUUUGGGAAAUAGAAAAUAAAGAUGCAAUAAAUGAUAAUUUACUGGACACCCUUCACAGAAUUCUUGUGAAAAACAUUUUAACAAAACACAUGGGAGAUUCCCAGAUGGGCGGUUUAUGGUUUAUGGUUUACGGUCCUUUUAAGCAAACGCCGCCUGAUGCGCAAAAUAGCUUUAAACCGUUUGUUGUCGGUGGAGAAAAGGAGAGCUAGGGAUCAUAAACUAAAUGAGGGAGACUAUGAUGGGAUAUUUAGGGCAGAAAUCUCUACCUUGCGUCAAAAAUUUCAUUGCCAGGAGGGGACAAAAGUCGCCAGAAAAUUGACGCGUUAUUAAUGCUUAUGGUUGUUUCUUUUAAUUAAAAACAGCGCUUAUUUUGGACUAAAUGCCUUGGCCAAUCAAAGUGGCCUGUUAGUUCACGUGAUGAUGACAGUUGUUAGUGGUUGUCAUUCCAGUGGGGUUCGUCCGAUUGUAAACAAAACGUGAAUUAAUCGUUUUUUAUUGGAAUUAGCUAGAAAUAAGAUCGAUCGGUGCAUCUCCAAGAGUUACAAAGCGAGUUACUAUCAACAAUUGGAGAAUUUGGCAUGAGAAAUGUUAGAAAUGGACGUGAGAAAUCAAAAAUUAGAACAACAACGGCAAAUAAUGGAGCAAAAAAUGAAGCAGAAACGAAUGACGUCCGGCAUGAUUCAGGCUUCCGACGUCCGAAAAAAUUCGGCCACUUUGAGGACAAACAGCGGCAAUAGGAGAGAAUUGCAUGGUUAUGACGGUCCGUUACAGUACAGCAUGGCCAGGGACAACAACCCUGAUCAAGUUAUAUCGAUAUUGUCAAGUCCUGACAGUGCUGACGACACCGUAGUUGAAGACUUGACAAACACGGCUUCAAAUGACCUCAUGGACGUUGAAGACGACGAAUCGUCCCCGGUUGCCUCCACCCCCAACAAUGGCAACAUGCCAGUCAACCCCAUUAUUGACCAACCGGCUUUUAUCAAUAAUGGAACGGGAGAAAUUGAGGGCGAUAUUGAAGGGAAUGUGGAGAAGUUUGUUUUGCAACCAGCGCAACAGAAAGUCUUGUACAAAUGUAGGAUAACUAGGGAUAGGAAAGGCAUGGACAGGGGGCUGUAUCCCACUUAUUAUCUCCAUCUGGAGAGGGAUUACGGCAAAAAAGUGUUCCUACUGGCCGCCAGAAAACGCAAAAAGAGCGCCACAAGCAACUACCUGAUUUCGACAGACCCAACGGAUCUUUCACGCAGCGCUGAGUCGUUCGUUGGUAAGUUGCGUUCCAACCUCCUUGGCACCCAGUUCACCGUUUACGACAAUGGCAUCUCGCCCCGAAAGGCCAAUUUCAAGGAGGGUGUGACGCCCCGGCAAGAGUUGGCGGCUGUGACGUACGAUACGAACGUUUUGGGUUUCAAAGGACCGCGAAAAAUGACGGUGAUUCUGCCGGGAAUGACGCUGGAUCAGCAACGAGUGGCAAUUUAUCCACAGGACGAAAGCGAGAGUUUGAUCGAGUGUUGGAAGUCGAAAAAUAUGGAUAAUUUGAUCGAGUUGCACAACAAGACACCGGUAUGGAAUGACGAUACGCAAUCGUACGUUUUGAAUUUUCACGGGCGUGUGACGCAAGCAUCGGUGAAGAAUUUCCAAAUUGUCCACGACAGCGAUGUGGAGUAUGUGGUGAUGCAGUUCGGAAGGGUGGCAGAGGAUGCCUUUACCAUGGAUUACAGGUACCCCAUGUGUGCAUUGCAGGCGUUUGCCAUCGCGUUGAGCAGUUUUGAUAGCAAACUCGCCUGCGAAUAAUCGAAUUUCAAUGUGCCUCACGAAUUUAUUGAGCUUACGGCUAAUUGUACUUAAGGUUUUAUAUACACUGGAAAGAGACAAAAGUUCCGUUGUUAAGGUAAUUCUAGUCCGUUUUUUAAACGAAAUGUUAUUUUUUAAGAUUUUAUAAUCAUAGAUCAUUUCUAUUAAGUAUAGUUUUCUCUCUCUUUCUCUCUAUUUUUAUUCGAAUAUACUUUAGUGCGGCCUUAUAUUUUGCCUUAACUAUUCGUACUCUUAGGAUUGUUUGCAAAUUUCACUUGUUUAGAUGGUAGAUCGUUUAACGAUACACAAUACAAUCAAAUUACGUGUUUUCAGUGUCUUGGAAUUGUCAAUUCACGAUCCAAAAAUAAACGUUAACACUCUGUGUUGUGUUCAAAUCGUGCAUAUAAGCUCACGAAAAAUCAGUAUUUAUCGAUAGUUCAAAAGUCGGACUUGGUCCGCUUGUGUAUUUAAGAGGCUCAGGAUUUAUUUAAAAAAAAAUAAUUAAAUCCGAUGUAUUUUUGUAAUUACCAGAUAAUGGUUUGCUUGUGUGACUUUUAUUUAUUUAUUAGUAGUCUCGAGCUGAACAUUCCAAUCAUUCUUGAAUCAAACAUUUUUUGAUAUUGUUACGAGAUUCUCAACUUGUUUUUUAGCAGUAUUGUACACGUUUUUAUGCCUAUUGCAUUAAUAAAGAGUGAUCCACAA